GUCAGUUGGCGUUGCGAAGCUGCAGAUGAUGUCGGCCCUGAGAACAGUGCUAGUGCUGUCGCUGGUGGGAGCGGCGAUGCCGCAGUACAAACCGUCGUACGCGGGAAGUGGGUGGUCGUACCCCGGCCCUCUGCCGCAGUUCACGACUGACGUCGGGCUCGACAACCGCGUGGGCCUGGAACCCACCAGCACACUCUCACCCGAAGAGGACGUCGCAUCGGUCGUCUCCGCCUGGCCGGCUGACCGUCAGCCCUUCUGGUUCGUCAACAGGGACCAGAUCCAGCAGCACAUCGGACGACCGCAGCCUCAGGCCGGGUCUCGACCGCAGACGCAGCGUCCUCAGACGCAGACGCAGCAGCCCGAGCAGCCGCAGGCGCAGACGCAGCCGCAGACGCAGACACAGCCGCAGACGCAGACGCAGCAGUCUGUGCAGACACAGACGCAGGAGCCUCAGCAGAUACAACCUCAGAGACGCACUUUCCCCCAGGCAGCUUCCAGUCGACAGUAGCCUCUAUUCUCACAUAUCAUACACACUGCACAUGUGAUGUUACUAGACAUCUGAUACUCAUAAACAGUUUUAUAAUAAAACUGUAAAAUUGUUUACUUGCUUCCUCUAAGGUGCCAAAAUAUGUAAUCACAUUUUAUUUUUUUACUAAAAUAGCGAUUCAUUUCUCUUUAAGACUGACAGUAAAACAGUUUUGUGAUUUCAGUAAAACAGUUUUGUGAUUUA